AAUGGUUGCGUCCCUUCACUAGCGAUCUUCGGUAUCUGAUCCCCCCCACGCUUUCUCACUUGGACUUUUGCAUGUCAAACUAGAACGUCAUGCUCCUUUCGACCUUCAUCUUGCUGCUAACUGCUUCGUUUGCGUUCGCUGAGCGCAACACUCUUUGUGACGAUGGUGGUCCUUUGACGUGCUCGGUCAAGAUGCCCGACACUCUCAGCGACUAUCGUUGUGGCACUCACGGCCUCUGGGCGGUUCAGACUGGCUGCUACGUUUGCGUGGACGCCACGACGUGUGCUGUUAUCGACUCGACGUUGGCGUUCGACGAAGCACAGAAGAACAGUCUCACACUCCCGAAAGCCAAUGGUAACGAUAUCUCGAUACUUUUGGAGGACCAGGCCGACCACAGUCCCGUGGACCCUGUAUACGAACAAGCAGCGAUUGCCAACGUGGCUUCUACGCAAACUGAGGAGAUGGCGAAGAGCGCUGACGUAUCCAACUGGUUAUUCUCCAUUCCCGUGUGUUUGGCGAUUGUUUCUCUCGGUUUAGCCAUUCGCGCUCGAAUUCCUCAACGACGUCGAGGCUUCCAGCGGCUACAAGACCGUAACCGUCAACACCAAGAUGUGAACCCCUUGUUUCAAGAAGAUAUCAACCCAUUCUGCUCCAACGAACGUGAAGAGGACAUCGUUAUCGAGACUGCUGGCCAUUUCCAAGGCGAACCUAGCAAUAGUGAAAGUGAAGAAACAGAGUUCCUUCCCUCCGAAGAGGACGCCUUCACGCUUGCAGAAUCCGAAGCUAUUAAACAGGCUGUCCUGCUACAUAUCAAGGAGUUCGACGAACAAGAAGAUGAAGCGGAGAUUUAGUUCGCUGACUAUUUUCGUAGGUUUAAGAGAAAACAAAAUUUACUCUCUUUCAUACA